AUGCAUCUGUCGCUUCCCAUCUUUACCGCGUUGCUGCUAGCUAUCGCCAAUGCCAGCCCGAUCGUUCUCGACGUUGCGGCAAAUGAUAUAACCAAGAUCGAAGCUCGCGGAGUCCAGGUCGCUUCGCUCGAACCUCGUCAGACGAUUGGACCGAGUGCUGAUGAGUUCACCAGCGGUGGCUGUCGCAGUGUCAUCUUGAUCUAUGCAAGAGGGUCCACCCAGGCUGGCAACAUGGGGGAACAGCCAGGACCGCAAACAGCCAACGCGCUCAAGUCUGCCUUGGGAUCGUCGGUCGUUGCUGCGCAGGGCGUUACAUACCCAGCUGGUCUCCUGUCCAACCUGAAAACAGGAGGAUGUGACCCAGAUGAUGCGGCAGACAUGGCAGCACUAAUUACUCAGGCGGCGACUCAAUGCCCAUCUGCUAAGAUCGUGGUAUCUGGAUAUAGCCAGGGUGCUGCUAUGGUCCACAGGUCUGUCGAGCAACUCAGCACAGCCGUCAAGGCACGGAUUUAUGCGGAUGUAACGUAUGGUGAUACACAGAAGGAGCAGGAUGGAGCCCGUAUCCUCAGCUUUGACACUAGCAAGACUCUGAUUUUGUGUAAUGAGGGUGACCAGGUCUGCGAGGGGACAUUGAUCAUCACGAGUGCUCAUUUCGAUUAUACUGGCAGCGUUGACACUGCUGUCGGUUUCAUGAGGUCAAAACUGGGUUUAUAA